AGCUGUCAAAAUACUCUUUGCGUUGCAAAAGGUUUUGUUUGAGAAACAGAAUUUACAUUUUUAAUUGAACAUUUUCAUCAUGAAUUCUCUUACUAAAUUGGUAAAUAGAAAUUUAGUUCUUUCAAUUGAACGUACAACAUGUGUAGCAUUGUUUCCAAGAUUCUUAACUUGUACAAAUGUUAUAUGGAAAGGGUCUCAAAAGAAUGAGAUUUUGCGUAAACUCAAUAUUCCAGAGCGACCAAAGAGACCAAUAAGAGGAUAUUUGCGAUUUGUGAAGGAAUUUUUUCCAUCACAAAAAAAAAGCGGCAAACCAGCAAAAGAAGUCAUAAGUCUUGCGGCAAUCGAAUGGAAAAAGUUUGACGAUAGUCAAAAACAACGAUACAACCAAGAAUUUGAAAGGGAAAUGGCCGCGUACUCCAGAAAACUUGCAGCAUAUGAAAAAUGUUUAACUCCCGAUAAAAAAUUGGCUAUUAAAGAUGCACAAAUCCAUUUGAAAGAUUUGAAAGAGGAACGUAUGGAGCGGAAAAAUAUAUUAAAUCUCGCAAAAGAAAAUGGAAAGCCAAACCGGCCGCCUAACGCCUUUCUUCUUUUCUUUGAGGAUGAACGCAGCAAGGGAAAAACCAAUAUAAAACAGACAUCAGCUAAUUAUAAUCUAUUGAGCGAAUCACAGAAGAGUGCUUACACACAGAAAGCAAAAGAUUUAUAUGAUGAAUACAAAAAAUCAUUAGCAGCUUGGGAGAAGGAAAUGAUUUCAAAAGGAUUGACCAACAUAGUUAGAAAGUCGGCCCGCAAGCCAACAAAAGAUAUAAAUAAAUAGUUUAAUAGUUUUAAGUUUGAAAAGUUCGGCAUAACUGUGAAGGUAACAAAGAGUUUCGUUUCAACAAAUUAAUGAGACGUUCUUUUAAAAUUAUAAUCAGAAUAUGAACAAUGAAAAUAUUUUUAAUUGAAUAAAAAUAAAAUAGUUGCAUCAUU